AUGAUGCGUCUGGAGUGGUAUGCCGGGGCCUCGACGGUCCUGGCCACCGGCGUUGUGCUGUCCGCCUUCCACCAACGAGCCAACUUUUACUCAGCCAUGGUCUAUCUUUUUCAGAGCAAUCUGUGCAUGAUGAUCCUUGUCAACCUCAUCGCCCUCAUCUACUCGACGUUUGUCUACAGCCUCCAGCGUGUCUGCUUCGGCCAGCUCCGCGCCGUCGAGGUCGAGCAGCUCUACGAAAAAGCCUGGUUCGCCGUCACCGAAACAUGCUUGGCCAUGACCAUGUUCCGCGACGAAAUUGGCGGCUUCUUUAUCGUCAUGUUUGUCGCCCUGUUGACGGGCAAGGUCUGGGGCUGGAUUGGCGAAGGCCGCAUCGAAGCUCUCGAGCAGCAACCGCCCGCCAACCCGCGUUUGUUCCAUACUCGCCUCAUCAUCUCGCUCUGUUUGAGCUUGGUGUACGAUGCCUGGCUGCUGUACUAUGCCGUGUCGACUGUGAUUGACCAGGCCAAGUCCGACAUGAUGGUGAUGUUCCUCUUCGAGUUUGCCGUCCUGCUCGUCACGUCACUACACACCGCGCUGCGAUACGGCAUCAUCCUGCUGGACAUAAGCAUCAUCAAGCGCCAGACUCAGGAGCGGUUGGUCGAGCGGCGCCGUGAGAUUCGAGAAGAGCGGGCGGCAAUUAUCCGCCGGCGUGAAGAGGCAGCCGCAGCAGCCGAAGCGGCAGCGGCCACGGGACAAGAAGGCGGCGAAGGGGCUGUGGCGGCACUGGAGACCGAGGAAGACAAUGAGCCGUUGCCAGACGAAGAUGAUGUGGACGAGAUGGACAUUGAAGUGGCGGGCUGGGAGGCCAAGGGCCAGUACAUUCUUGGCCUCGACCUUUGGACAGAUUUUACCAAACUCUGCAUCUAUGCCGUCUUCUUUAUUGUUCUUCUGAACUUUUAUGGCCUGCCCCUGCACAUCAUUAGGGACCUGUUCAUGACGGUACGGUCUUUUAUCAAGCGGCUGGGUGCAUUGAUGAAGUACCGCCAGGCAAUCAAAGAUAUGAACCGGUAUGAGGAUGCGUCCGAACAGGACCUGGCCCGCGAAAACACGUGCAUAAUUUGCCGCGAAGACAUGCACGUGUGGAACCAAAACGACCCAGCGCGCAUUGAGCGCACCCGCCCCAAGAAGCUUCCCUGUGGCCAUAUUCUGCACCUGGGCUGUCUCAAGAGCUGGAUGGAGCGACAACAGGUGUGCCCUACGUGUCGUCGGUCUGUGGUCAUUGACGACGCGUCCAACGCACACCGGAAUCGCGAUAAUGCCCUGUUCAGGUUGAACCUUGUGGCUGCUGGGGCAGCGGGUGCUGAUCCAGCGGGUGCUGGAGUAGGUGCAGCUGCAGGUGCAGGUGGUGUCGCGGGUGCCCCGCCUGCAGCUAACGGAGCCAACCCGUUGCAAAACCCGGCACUCCCCGCCGUUAAUGGCCAAGCACCUGCUCCCGGAGCGGCAGCGGGUGCCCCGGGCCACGGUGCCGAUGCGAACCACCACAAUCCCCACCCGCCGCCGCCUCCAAACGGUGGCGGUGGUGGUGGUCCGGCCCUGCGAAUGUUCAACAUCGGACCCCUGCGUCUUGGAUUUGCCCAAGGUGGCGCGCGCGACAUCCAGGAGAUGGCACAACGGCUCGGCCUUCCUAAUGCCAUCGCCGGCGGCAACCCUCCUGUCAACAAUCAAGCGGCACCGGCCGGCGUUGCUGGUGGCCCACCUGCUUUCGGUGCUACCCCGACUCCAUUCGCGCAUCACGUCCCGCAUGCUACACCAACCUCGACAAUGUCCCAGUCUACCUCGACUGCGUCCAUUUUCCAGGACCUCCGGUCCAUUGAGCGUCGUAUCGAGCUAGGCACGAUUGAGCUCCAGCUGGCAAGUGCUGAAGCCCGGGCCCUGCGGACCAUGCUCACCGAGCUGCAACGCAUUCGCAACACGGAGCAUACCCCGACGACGGCACGCGAACCGACACUGACGGUGCCUGUCGACCCGACUGGUCCCGCAGAUCCAUCAGCCGUAGCAGCUACGGAUCCUGUAGCACAAUCCACAGGGGCGGCACCGGACGCGAGUGCGACGAAUGCGACGGAACGGGCGCCUGCCCAGGCACCCCAAGAGGACGCGCCAGCAACAUCAAGCAGCAGCGCCGCGCCGGAUGCACCCGAUGCAUCCAGCUCAGCCGAACAGGAGCGGGCUGCGCUGAAUCAGGCGGAAUCGUUUUUCCGUCAGUGGCCAGGCAUGGACGCGACACUGGACAAUGGUUCGAACAGUGGCCCGGAUCAGGGCGCGGCUGUCGGCGCAGGAGGGCUUGGCGACGAGUUCGGGAAUGUCCCGCCUGUCAGAGGAAACUCGGAGUUGCCUCCUGGUGUCCAACUUCCACCAGGCUGGUCGCUGGUGCCUCUUGAUCAGUACGAUCCCACUCGCCGCACAACCACCGAUAACGACGGUAAUAGCCAGCCGGGACCGUCAAACAAUCGCGUGACCUCCCAGCCGAACCCGUCCCGUGAUUCUUUGCCUGCGGAUAGCCGCGAAGCAAGAAUUAAUGCGCUUGCAUCUCCACUGGCGUCGACGGUCGAAGCGGUCCCUGAGAGUAAUGCACCGGCAGCUACGUCGGCGGCUCCUAUGUGGGGCGGAUCGGCACAACUAUACGGUAGUUCCAGCCAAACUACUCCUCGGGCGACACAGACACAACAGCAGCAGCCGCAGCAGCCGCAGCAACCACGGCCGCAGCAAAACGACGAUGAGAGCUCCAGCGAAAGUUCCGAGGGCUCGAGUGAAGACUCGAGCAACGAUUCUUAG